CGGAAGUCGUGUAAUUCGAGAGGGGGAAUAGGUUGUAAAGGUUUUGAACUUUGGAGAACAGCGACCAACAAUCAAAGAAUCGCCAUGGACUCGCAGCUAGUGUAUUUCGACCUGGAGACCACUGGUUUGGAUGUGAGGAAGUGCGAAAUUAUCCAGAUUGCUGCUACUACAGAUGCUGGACAGAGCUGCAAUUUCUUUAUCAAACCGUUAAAUAGCAUCCCAUCAGAAGUAACAAAAAUCAAUGGUUUAGCUGUUGUUGGAGGGGACCUCUACAAAAAUGGGCGAGCAGUCGAAAGCCUGCAGCCUAAAGCUGCAUGGCAAAAUUUCAUUAAAUUUUUAAGAAGUGUUCAUGAUAAUGUGACUCUCAUGGGCCAUAACGCCCAUAGAUUUGAUUUCCCCCUUCUUGUAAGGGAUAUGUUAAAGCAUGGAAUGCUUGAGGAGCUUCGUUCAGCCGUAUCCACCUUUGUCGAUAGUGUGAAGGUUUUCCAAGCUAAGCUACCAUCCCGGCCUUGGUAUCGUUUUAAACUUAGUGACUUAGCGAAUCACUAUGGUGUUGACACGACUGCUGCGCAUGAUGCGUUGGAAGAUGGGAGAAUUUUAUCUCAGUUGUGCCACAAAAUCGGUGUGUCGUCCGAUGAUAUCUCUAAUCAAAAACAAAGUCUUGAUAGCUAUUUCACCAUGUUUAAGCCAUGAUAAUGUUAUUGCUCAACUAAACAAUAAUUGUGUGUUUCAUUUUAUAAACCCUAGUAUGUUGCCAAUGCACAACCAAUGCGCACAUGUUUUAUAGAAAAAAAAUUCAGCUGUCUGUAGCUUGGCAGGAAUAUCAAUAAAAAAGAUUUGAACUGGUCUGGGAAA